AUGAGGGGUUUACAAAUAAACGCCUUAGCUCAAGAAGCUACAUCAAGCGAAAGAGAGUUUCUGGUGGUCAUGAUUAAGGAUUUUAGACUUUAUCUAAUGAGUGUCAACCUCCAUGGAAUUCAAAACCAGGUUAUUAUUAAAUCAUCUAUAAAGCAUAAAGGUCAACUUACUAACCUUCACAACGAUUCAUAUGAUCGAGUCGGUAUAACAGGAGUAUGUCAUUGUUCAGGGUUAUUGUUAUGUACCAGAGAUGACUAUACUAGCCUCGUGGUUUGGAACCCUUAUACAGAGCAAUCUCGGAGGAUCGAACUGAUAAGUCGUGACGGAUUGAGCUUUCCUUGGUAUGCUAUUGGAUACGAGACGAGAAACUCGUGCCGCAAGUACAAAGUUUUGAGAUAUAACAAAUAUGGUGGGUACGAAAUCUAUGAGUUAGACUCUAAUACAUGGAGGGUUCUAGAUGUCAAGCCAACCAUAUGGGAAACAUGGUUUCAUCAUAAUGGCAUCUCUGUGAAAGGUAAUUCUUAUUGGCAUAUUUAUCGAGGAGAAGAAUUCAAUAGAAAGGCGAGAGAAUUCUUGUUCUGUUUUGAUUUUACAAGAGAAAGAUUUGGACCGCUUAUGCCUUUUCCGUUUCAGAGUAAUGAAGACUGUAUUGUGACUCUCUCUACUGUUAGAGAAGAGCAACUUGCCGUGUUAUGUCAGCACUGGGCCUGGGCUAGGUUAAGGAUGAAGAUUUGGAUUACUAAUAAGAUUGCACCCAAUGAAGUAUCGUGGGACAAGUUGUUCUUAGAAGUGGCUGUGGAUCUAUAUCCACGAGCUGAACGUGAACUUGACAUUAAAAAUGGGUAUUUCCUCGUCGACGAGAAGAAGAAAGUAGCUGUGGUUUUUGAUAACAGCAAAGGGAAGGAGCACGCAGCUUUUAUAUUUGGAGAGAAUGGAUGCUAUGGAACAGUGGAUCUGGGAAAAACUGUAGACAAACUUUAUUGGUCUCCAUUUGUGUGCUCUUAUAUUCCAAGUUCAGUGCAAAUCUAG